GAAAUAAAAAAAGUUGAAGAAUUGAACAGAGUGCCAUCAAUGAGCCGUGAAAUGGUGUUCAGGCAAAGUUGUCGUGUACGGUUGCCACGGCAACACUCAGAGCUCACAAGGACCACAGCUCGCGCGCUAGUAAGUCUCAAACGGAAGGAGGGAGACGACAAACUUAGGAGACGUUUGACUAUAAUUUCAUGCCUUUGUCUCUGUGCUAACAUUUGCAGCUUUUGUUGCUCGACGGCCAUGUUGAGUUGUCCUGGCAACGCUGAGCGGAGCACUAUUGAAUUACGUACUGAAAAUGGGGCCCGCGUCGUGUGUUCCCUGGAGGCCUGCUACAAGACUUGAACUCGCACUGGCUUUAUUUAUCCGCGGGUAUUGUUACUGUUUUCGAAUAUAUUGAAUAAGCCUGGGAUUCGGCAAGUUUUGGUCAGUCUGCUCUUGGAUGUUGAAAGCUCGUGUUACUUGAGGAAGAAAUCCAGGUGUCAUUCGUGCCGGUGUGCAAUCGGUGGAAGAUAAUAAUGACAGCGCUGGUGAGACCCGGCGUUAAGGUUUCAGUUCUGUGUGAGGACGCAGACAAGUUGCUCGAGGCCGGCGAACUGGUACAGGCCACUUCCCUGUACAUAUCAGCAUUCAGUACUCACGCAUCAACAACCGUGACCCACAUGCGCAAAAUGGAAUUGUCUGACCUCCAGAGAGUCAUCUCAACCCUAGAAAGUUGGCUUGGCCAUCACCAGGAGAUCCAGCCUGCUGAAGGUCUCAGCCAAGGUUUGGUCGCUGUCUUUCUGUCCACGCUCUGCCCAAAUAAUCUAUCGGCCACCGUUUUCAAAAUGGAGUCCCUGCUUCAAAGUGGCGGGCACGGCUGUGAGGAGAUUUUUGCUCGCUGUACUUCUCUGCUCGAGGGCAACCAAAAGCCAAAUCCAGGUGACAUUUGUGGCGUGGCGCUGGAGAUAACCCGCGCCUUGGCCUGCUUGUUGUCAGAGCCCCGCCAAGUCAAAGGUCUGAAGAUUUAUCUGAACUCGUACAAGAGCAACAAAUGUGAAACCGUCAAACUCGUCAAGAGCAGACAAGCUUCUCAAAUCCCGCAAAUAAUAAAGGCCUUUACAGAGCAAAUGCGUCACUGGCAUCCGUCCUUGAUGCCAGAUAGCGAAGGUGAAGUGAGCAAGAAGGACAGUGAACUGUUGAACGUUGAGGCUGCUUCUCCACUGCUGGAGUUCUUGUUGGAGCUUUCACCCGGUGACAGGCAUGUGCAGGAGCUCCAGGCGGCGCAUUUGUUUUUCACGGGUCGCUUCGGCGAGAGUGCUGAUAUGUAUUCAGCUAUUUUGCAGAUUGCCCACGACACACCCGAAACGCGAGCGAGGAUCUUAAUCGGCCGGGCAGCCGCCUUCCUCUCGGCGGGUGGCCGGGUUGCCGAGGCCUGUGUGGAUCUGGGCCAAGCCUUUGACAUUCACCCAGCUAGCGCCCGAAUACACUUCCAAAGGCUCUUCACUGAUCUCGGCACGGGAGGGGCUGCUCGCAAACACCUUCGUCAGCAGGCUGAAAAGGGUCUGGCUGCGUUCCGGGAGGUGGUCCUCGCCCGAACAGACCUCAGGUCCCCAGAGGGAGUGGAACUUCUGGACCCUGUGAUCUCUCAGUUACAAACCCUUUGCCAUUUGCACCCUGACGGUGGAGGACGAGAACUGCGGGUGCGAUUGGCCGAAUGCCUUCUUCUCAGGGGGGAGCAUAAGGAAGCUCUCUCCAUCUGUAGCCAGCUGGCCGCUGCCAAAGAUCAGCAUAGCUAUCAGAAUACUGUGCAAGUUCUCUGUGGCUACGCGCGACUUCUCACGGAUGACCACAAGGGGGCUCUAGAGGACUUCCAGGCUGUGAUCGAGCACACCACCCCUCACCCGCCCAGCUGUGUGCGGGCACUCUGUGGCAGGGGGCUUCUGCGCAUGACCGGCGGCUUCAACUAUCUCACAGCACUCGACUAUGUGACAGCCAGCAGGUUGCACCCGCAGGAGACGGCGUUGACCGUUCGCUGUCUGGUGCCGUGGAACCUGCGGGGACUACUCUUGACUGUUCUUCUGGAGCAGGGCCGGGUCAUGCUGGAGGGGGCCGGAAGGCGUCACUGGGCCUUAUGUGAAAACUCGCAGCAAUCCCAGCAGGAGGGUCAGCUGAAUGCUACAUCAAAGCCAAAUGAGCACAGAGCGGGAUCUCCUGCCGGUGUUCACUCCCUUGCUGUGUUGCUCAUGGAGCUCCAACCGGGCGCCGAUGGGCCUCAGAUUUUAGCAGCAGACGCCUUGUACCAGCUGGGACGAGUGGAAGAGGCAUAUCGCUUGCUGCUGCUUUCCAUCGGGCCGAGCGCUCCUCAGGCACCCGUCCUGGUCCGACUCACACUGCUGCAACUGCACAGGGGGUCUCUUUAUGACACCAAUCAGCUGCUGAAAAAACUUGUUCGAUGUGGUGACACCAGUUGCUUGCGCCCCUUGUUGGCGGUAGCCAAGCAGAAGGACCGGGCACUGCUUCAGGCGCGCUGCCACUCCGCUGCCAAACGCAUACUUGAGUGCACGACAGAGGAGAGUGCCAUUAGGGAGGCCGUGGCCUACCUCUCCAUUGCCAUCAUCAUCGCUGGUGGCGAUGCGGCAGACUCCUUGCUGGAGAGAGGGAGGUGCUAUGCUGUGCUCGGCCAAAGAAAGACAGCCAUCUUUGAUUUCAGCGCCAUUCUCAAGGAGCACCCCAAACAUGUUCAAGCACUCUGUGGAAGAGGUUUCACAUACCUUCUGCUCAACCAGCAAAAGGAAUGCAUUCAUGACAUCCUGGGGGCACUGCAGAUAAACACUGACGAGGUCACCAAGGACCUUCUGUCACUCAACGACGGGACGCGCAAGUUGCUCUGUGAUUGGCUGCAUGAGUUCUGCAGGAGCAGCCUGUCAGACAUCCUGGUCGCCGACGCUGUCCCCUGCCACGAGGAUCGGCUCAAAGAGGCUUCCAUCGUCUGCGCUGCUCUGAAAAGGACUGACUGUGCAGCGCCCAGAUGGCAUCUUCUUUGUGUUGACAUACUUUUAGCCAAAGGUGAAGUGGAGGCGGCAGGUGCCUACCUGAGCCAAGUGUUUACCCAGGAGCCAAGAGAUGCUGCGGCCCAAGCCAGGGUAGGUGUACUGGAGGCUUGGCAGCACAACUACAGCGGUGCAGCCCGCAGACUCUGCAAGCUCGCUGAGAAAGAACCUUCAUGUCUGGACUUCUUGUUGGCUUUGAUCCCAGCCCAUCAGAGGAAACAAGUAGCAAAGGCAGCAGCACAGGAUGCCAGCAGCGCAUCUUCAGAGGGAAUCUGGGAUCGGGCCCUUCCUCUCCUGAUAGUGGCGGUACAGGCAACAGACAAACAGCGACUGCGGUAUCUUCGCCAGCGGGCAGCCUGCCUGGCGCGACUUGGCUUACACGAGCGGACCAUAGCAGACCUUGACGGAGUCAUUCAGAAGCACGGAUGUUCCGAUGAGAGCUGCUCUGACGAUCCCCAAGUCUGGGCAGAAGACUUGUGUCGUCGCGGGCACAGCUUGGUGUUGUGUUCUAGAGAAGGACCUGCUCUGGAGGACUACAGCAGGGCCCUUGAGCUCCACAGGGAGCGGACCGUCAAAUGCGUGGACGAAGGUCUGGGGAGGCUAUGUGUUGCUGAGUGCUUUUUGAGGGGUGCCCUGCAGCACUAUGGUGAGCAGCAGCUCAGCAAAGCUUGGGCUUUGAUCGAGUGCGGCCUCGUUUUGGACGGCAACAAUGCAGAACUGCGACGACUGAGGGCAAAGGUCAAACGUGAAGUUGCCAGCCCCUGUAAUGUCAAUUAG